AUGCCAACCCUCCUUCAACAUCCCGCCAACACUCCAUAGAAACCGAAAACCAAAUUCAUAUAAAAAGAAAAUCAUGUCUCUUCCCUCCGGGAAUAGCAGCGUGCAUGCUGUGAUCACCCUGCGCAUGAUAAACACUGUCAUUUCAGAGCAUCCCUCACCAUCCUCCAUCCCUUUUAUGAUCUCACAAUUGUACAUGACCCCGGUCCUCGAAAUCUGCGCCUCUCUGCCGAUGUCCUCGGAAUACACUGGUGAUAAGUCAGAGGGGUCCGCUCUCUUGCACAGGUUCAAGACGAGGGUUUCCUCCCUCCUGCAGAGCAAAUUGCCAACGGAUAAAUGGUCCGGUAUAGCUUUGGCGAAGGCAGCAAUGGAGAGCAGUUUUGAAUGUUUGGUCUCGAGCGGUGAGGUUUGGGUUAGAUUGAUGGUCCCAAUAUUAACAGUUUGUCCUCUCCACUUUUUCUCUAACUAUGGAGUUUUCGGGGACUGGAGAGUUAGAUGGAGGCUAAUUGAAAUGCAGAGGCCCGAACCACCCCCCGUAACCAACUACGCAAUUGCUACAUUAACACGGGUAUUCACCGUCCUAACUGCUGGCAAGCCAACCUUGAUCCGCCAGAUAGUUUCGCCAAAUCUCCCGGUCACCAUUGGACAUGUCCUGAAUAUACUCAGGCCAGUGAAUUCAUCGGCCUCUGAUGCGGUCCCCUCGGAGGGCACGCUUGCUACGGCGUUGGAAUCGCUCAAGGACCUUCUAUGCCACAAUCCGGUUACCUUCCGUCCGUUUACACAGCGCGCACAGGAGAUUGCGCUUUCGGUGCUAUCGCCGCAGCGCGGGCUUAGCAAGCUCGGGCGUUUGGCGGGGGACUUGUUUGUAUCAUUUCACCUUUCUGAAACCACCCCUCGGGGGGGCGGCGGCAUUGGCGGGAUCGCAGUCAAUGAAGGAGGUGGGAGCUCACUGGGCAACAAAGUUACGGCGGCCGCAGAAGUGUGGACUCGUACCGUCGAGUUGGUGAUUUCUGAGACCGAUGAGCUAUUUAAUGUGAUUCUUAGAUGUACGGCUGAAGGGCACCCCGCCAGUAUGGCGCGCCGGAAUAGCAGUACGGAGGUCUCUGGUGCGUCAACCCUCGGGCUGAAUGAAUGGAAGGGGAUCUCGAAGGGAUUCGACAGAGCGGAGAUGUUACUCAGGCUGUUGUCGCGAUUCCUCUGUCACCCAACGAGUUCGCAGGUCGCCAUCCCACUGGGGCAGCUUGUCGGACUUACUGGUAGGUUGGCCGGAUUAUCCUGCAAGGCAACGGAGAGUAACCCCGCGAUCGAGCGGCCCGAGCGGGAAACAGUAAUGGUUAGGCUAUCGAGCUUAAAAUGCUGCGCAUUAAACCUCCUAUCCUCUGCAAUCGAGCGAUUAGGGAGAAUAUUCGCCCCGUUGGCAAAUAUAGUGAUAGAACAGUUGACCAUUAUAUACUCCGAACAUCGCUCCGAUACGGGAAUUCGAACGGCAGUCUAUACUCUCCUCACCGCACUCAUAAACCUCUUCGGCCCAGCUCUCGAUAAAAAAGCUGUAGCCUCGGUCCAUCCAAUUUUGUCCUCGCUCUACACCGACCUUGUCCUCAACGCCGACGAGCCCAAAAAUCCUCCCCCUACCAAACUCUCGGGAAAAGGCGGCAGCAAAAAUGCUGGAAAACAGAAGGAAGUCCACGCGGACUCGUUCCUCUCGCCAUCAUUGUGGCUCAACUCCCGGCCAAUGUGGCUUCGGGGAUUGAUCUCCGCCGCGGAUGCACUCUUGGUAGCUGUACUGGGGAAGCUGCCGCCCACUUAUAUCCGCUCCCAGACGAGAAGGCUGCUAGAUCGCGCUGCCAUAUUUACCAUGAAUGAGAAGGCAAUGAUGGCUAGUGCCCUGUUCCCUAGCAUUUCCCCAAAUGGAAACUCAAGGGGUGGGAGCAUACUCCCCCACCUAGUUGGUGCCAGUAGAGGGAAUUUGGUGGUUGAAGGGAUUGUGAGGCCUAGAUUGCCAGUCCUUUGGGUUGGUAGGGCCAGUGGUGUCGAGGAGGGGGAAGGGGAGGAAACAGAAGGAGACGACGAGGAAAUAGAGGGCGAAGAGGAGAAAGAUGUGGCCGUGAAUCAUAAAACAAGCCAAUUAAAUAACAUAAUGGAGAAGCCUGGGGCAAAGCGCAGUAUAUGGCACAGUCAAGAUACCGCCUCCUCUCAAAAGCGCCAGAGGCCAUGUACACAAACACCUCCAGCACUAGGACCGAAUACUGUUCCUGCACCUUCUCAGGGACCCCGGCCUGCUCAAGUAGCUUCUACAGCACACAUUCCACUGGAUUAUACCUUUAUAAAAACCACCCAACAAACGAUCCCUGAAGUCCAACAACCUCAACUCACACCUACCACCACCAGUGUGCCACCAUCUACACCAGCUACAGCCACAGCCGCUAUCCCGGCUCGGCACGCCGAAACCAUCGCCGAAAACGCCCGCCUCGAAGCGAUAGAUUCGGAUGACGAAAUGACCAUUCCUGAGAUAGACAUGGGGGGUAGCAGCGAUGAUGACGACGAGUCGGAGGAGAUCUAGAGAAGGGGAGGAAAGGUGGGUGUGGGUUAUUAGCUUUGGGGACCUAAGAUAAGCGACGGGUGGCUAGCUAUAUAGCUGCCAAAUAUACAAAGUAAUUUAUGGCUUUU